AAAGGGUGUCUGGAAAUAAGGAUGAAAAGCAGAGCAGCAGCAGCAGGAGCAGUAGAGAGGCAUUUUUAAAGAUCACUGUUGACUUCUUGAGAAUGAUGAAUCUGGAUGACCUAGCUGACCUUCUGCAGAGCAAUCGAUGUGUCCCUGAACGCAGCAUCAUGGAUCAGAGUGAGGAGCUGAAAGAAGGAGAAACUCUGCCUCAGUCUGAGAACCAGAGCAAAGCUAAGAGCAAACAAUCUGACGAUGAAGUGGAACCAGAAUCCUGGGAGACUAGGUCCAAAGUAGAUAUUAUUGAUUUUAAAUCAAACCUGCCUUCAUCUAGAAAGAGAGCUCAGCCCUCACUGCCCAGCUGUUCAUAUGGACAACUGUCAGAAAACAACCAACCUCCAUCUCCAAAGAGAGUGAAGCAGAGCUCAGAGGUUCCUAGUGGUCAGUCUCAACAACAGCAUCAAACAAAGCUGGACUCCAGGGCUAAGGAGCUGAAAAAGAAGAUUUUCACCUUUGAGAAACGGCGGCUGAAAAAGGUGAAAAAAGUGAAAGAGAUUCAAUUGGUUUCACUGGAAGAUAUCCGAGUGAAACCACUGUGGAUGCACUGGGUUCCAGACGAUCCACUGGAAAAUAUCCUAGUUGAGCCACUGGAUCUGGAAAGUGUCCCAGAACGUAUUGCCUGCCAUAAAUCGGAGGAUGAAGUUUUGCUGGAAGUAGAAGAACCGCAGAUGGAGAGCGGAGAAGUAUUUGAGAAGAUCACACUAAGCUUCAUGAAGAGGAAGAAGCUUGCUGACCUUCAAAGUAAAUCAUUCACCACCUGUCAACAAACACUAAAGUCUAACAUGAAGAAAAAGUUCCAGUCUGUGUUUGAAGGAAUCGCAAAAUCAGGAAAUCAAAGCUUUCUACAUGAGAUCUACACAGAGCUCUACAUCACAGAGGGAGGAUCUGAAGAGGUCAAUAAUGAACAUGAGGUCAGGCAGAUUGAAACAGUGUCCUGGAAACCAGAAAGGCCAGAAACGGCAAUUAGACAUGGAGACAUAUUUAAACCCUCACCUGAAAGAGAAGAACCAAUUAAAACAGUAAUGACAACAGGAGUGGCUGGCAUUGGGAAAACAGUCCUAACACAGAAGUUCACUCUGGACUGGGCAGAAGACCAAACCAACCAGGACAUCCAGUUCACGUUUCCAUUCACAUUCAGAGAGUUGAAUCUGUUAAAAGACCAGCAGUUCAGCUUGGUGGAGCUUGUUCACCACUUUUUUAGUGAAACCAGAGGAAUAUUAAAAUUUGAAGAGUUAAAGGUUGUGUUCAUCUUUGAUGGUUUGGAUGAGAGUCGACUUCCACUGGACUUCCACAACAAUGAGAUCCUGACAGAUGUUACAAAGUCCACCUCAGUAGAUGUUCUUCUGACGAACCUUAUUAGCGGAAACCUGCUUCCCAAAGCUCACCUCUGGAUAACCACACGACCUGCAGCAGCUAAUAAGAUUCCUCCUGAGUUUAUUGGCAUGAGGACAGAGAUCAGAGGAUUCACUAACCCACAGAAGGACAAUUACUUCACAAAAAGAUUUAGAUAUAAGAAGGAGGCCAGAAUAGUAAUCUCCCAUAUAAAAAAAUCAAGAAGCCUCCACAUUAUGUGCCACAUCCCAAUCUUCUGCUGGAUCACUGCUACAGUUGUGGAAGACAUGUUGAACAAAAGUGAUGAAGAGCAGCUGCCAAAGACUCUGACUGAGAUGUACAUUCACUUCCUGGUGGUGCAGACCAAACUGAAGGGCAUCAAGUAUGAUGGAGGAGCUGAGACAGAUUCACACUGGAGCGCAGAGAACCAGAAGAUGAUCGAGUCUCUGGGAAAACUUGCUUUUGAUCAGCUGCAGAAAAGAAACCUGAUCUUCUAUGAAUCAGACCUGGCAGAGUGUGGCAUCGAUAUCAGAGCAGCUUCAGUGUGCUCAGGAGUGUUCACACAGAUCUUCAGAGAAGAAAGAAGUUUGUACCAGAGUAAAGUAUUCUGCUUUGUCCACCUGAGUGUUCAGGAGUUUCUGGCUGCUCUUCAUGUUCACUUCACCUUCAUCAAAUCAGGAAUCAAUCUGCUGGCAAAGGAAGAAAUGAAAUCAAAGGACUUUGAAACAAGACGCCAUGAAUCCUCAGAGAUAGAAAUGUACAAGAGUGCUGUGGACAUGGCCCUAGAGAGUCCAGAUGGACACCUGGACUUGUUCCUCCGCUUUCUACUUGGUCUUUCACUGGAGACCAAUAGGUGUCGCUUAGGAGGCCUUGUGAGACAGACGGAAGAAAGCUUGACAGCUAACACACACACAGCCCAGUACAUCAGAGAGAAGAUGAAUAAUCAUCUGUGUGUUGAGAAAAGCAUCAAUCUGUUCCACUGUCUAAGUGAACUAAAUGAUCAGUCUCUGAUGGAGGAAAUCCAACAAUCUCUACGUACAGGAAGUCUUUCAGCACACCAGCUGUCUCCUGCUCAGUGGUCAGCUCUGCACUUCAUCCUACUUUCAUCAGAGAAAGAUCUGGAGACAUUUGACCUAAAGAAAUACUGUGCUUCACAGGAAGCUCUUCAGAGAUUGCUGCCAAUAGCCAACACCUCCAGCAAAGCUAUACUGAGUGGGUGUAACCUCUCAGAGAGAAGUUGUGAAGCUCUGUCCUCAUUUAUCAGCUCAACGACCUCUAGUCUGAGAGAUCUGGACCUGAGUAACAAUGACCUGACAGAUUCAGGAGUGAAGCUGCUCUGUGAGGGACUGAUGAGUCCCAACUGUGAACUCAAGAUUCUCAGACUGAGUGGGUGUAACCUCUCAGAGAAAGGUUGUGAAGUUCUGUCCUCAUUUAUCAGCUCAACAACCUCUAGUCUGAAAGAUCUGGAUCUGAGUAACAAUGACCUGACAGAUUCAGGACUGAAGCUGCUCUGUGAGGGACUGAUGAGUCCCAACUGUGAACUCAAGAUUCUCAGACUGAGUGGGUGUAACCUCUCAGAGAAAAGUUGUGAAGCUCUGUCCUCAUUUAUCAGCUCAACGACCUCUAGUCUGAAAGAUCUGGACCUGAGUAACAAUGACCUGACAGAUUCAGGAGUGAAGCUGCUCUGUGAGGGACUGAAGAGUCCCAACUGUGAACUCAAGAUUCUCAGGCUUUCAGGCUGCCUGAUCACAGAGGAAGGCUGUGCUGCUCUGGCUUCAGCUCUGACUGUGAGCUCCUCUCACCUGAAGGAGCUGGACCUCAGCUACAAUAAUCCAGGAGAGGCAGGAAUGAAGAGUCUAGAAGCUAUACAGAAGAAUCCAAGCUUCAAACUGGACUCUCUGAGUAUGGAGCCUGCAGGAGACAAAUGGAUGACAGCAGGUCUGAGGAAGUAUUCCUGUCCACUAACAGUCGACCUAAACACUGUAAACAGAUUCCUCAAACUUUCUGACGAAAACAGGAAGGUGGCAUGUUUGGCAAAGGAGCAGCCGUAUCCUGAUCAUCCAGACAGAUUUGAUCUCUAUCAGCUGCUGUGUACUGAUGGCCUGACUGGUCGCUGUUACUGGGAGGUUGAGUGGGGUGAGAAAGUCUACAUAUCAGUGAGUUACAGGGGAAUCAAUAGAAAAAGAGUCAAUGAUGAUUCCUGGUUUGGAUUUAAUGAUAAGUCCUGGAGUCUAGUCUGCUCUGAUGAUGGUUACACUGUUUGGCAUGAUAGUGUAAAAAAAGCUUUCAUCCCCGUUCCCUCCUUCUCCUCUUCCUCCUCUGUCUCUGGCAGAGUAGCUGUGUAUGUGGACUGUCCUGCUGGGACUCUGUCCUUCUACAGAGUCUCUUCAGGUACACUGAUCCACAUCUACACCUUCCACACCAAAUUCACUGAAACUCUUUAUCCUGCAUUUGGGUUCAUGAGUCGUUCAGGAGUGUGUUGGUUCUCAUUUUAGAAUAGUCUUAAGUGCUUUUCAAAACUAAUACAACAUUUCAAGAGCUAUCAAUGCAUUAAAAACAGGAGAAAAUAAGAAAAAGUCACAUUAAAUAAAACUGUUUUUUUUUUUUAAGAAAUGACAUAGUCCAUCAAUCUUAAGUCCAAACAAAGGAGAAUUCUGGAGUCUAGGAACCACUGAACUAAAGGCUUUGUCUUCCUUUGUUUUCAAUUUACCAUAAAGAGUCAUCAGCAGGUCCUGAUCACAGGAACAUGUGGCUGCAGUGGCCUUCUAAUAUUAAAUGGUGCCCGUCUGUGAAAACCCCUUAAGUCAAUAAAAGAAUUUUAAAUUACACUGUGGGAAAAAAACCUGAAAUCAAUGUCACUGCAUCAAUUUUGUAGUCAUGUAUAAAAACCUGUAGGAUUUGUCAGAAGCCUGGCAGCAUCAUUUAGUAUACUUUGCAACUGUUCUAGGUAUGCUGAGAUGCACAGAGUGCACUGGGGAUCAAACCAAAGCAUCAAUAAUUAGUUCAGAGAAUGUGAGAAUAAAGAUUUAAUUACCAGAUGUUUAAAAGGAAUGAAUCAAAGACUGGAUGUGCAUCCAAAGUAAAGUCAGAAUGUAAGAUUUUGCCCAAAACCUCUCGGUUCUUUGUCAAUAAGCUCUGUGAUAUGCAUUUUUCUCAUGAACAUCUUUGUUCUCUACAUUUGUGAAAACUGGUUAAGAAGUAGAUUUUCUUAGUUGCUAUUGGUAACUGAAGACAGUGUAAUAUAAUCUACUUGCACUUUUGAACCAUUUGAACUGCACUAUAUUCUAAUGUUAUGGUAAUGACGCUAUGCAUCGUUUCUUUUCUUGUGAUUAGAUUUAUUGCCAAUUAGAAGAAUAAAUACUUGGAAAUAUACUUCUUCACCAAUAUGUUAUAAGUGGUACACAUAAAUGAUAUAAAAGUGAGUGACAUCUUAUAUUUUCACAACAUUAUUUAUGUACAUUAUUUUAUAUCCUGCCCCAUUAAGGUUGGUGUCAGGAUCUGUGGGUAUUUGAAUUAGGUUGUAGAUUUUUGGCAUUUUUGGUGUUCCUUUGAUUUUUCUACUUUAGUUUGCCCUGUUUUCCAUUUCUGUUCUCCCUAGUAAUUGUAGUUAUGUUUUUCUUGCUUCUGAGUUAUUUUCUGAUGCUCUAGUUUAUCAUAUUUCUUUAAUCUAAGUUGUUCCUUAGUGUUAUAUUAUUUCCUGUUCCCCGGUAUUCUCUCCCCACUUUCCUGUGUCACUUUCUCUUUCCUCCCCCUCAGCCUGGUUCUGGCUUCAACUACUCACACCUGCAGUCAGUUAGCUUAUUAGCCCUGGUCCAUUGUUCCCACUAUCAACCUCCCAAUAGUGAAGCUCCUUAUUCUCCAGUUACAACUCGCUGGUUCAUCAUGUCAUCUCACCUCGUUCCCUCCUCCAUGGUUCCCUUCUGUUCUCUUUUUGUUUCUGUUUUGGAUUUAUUUUUUGUUUCUUGGACUUUGUAUUUUUAUUUUUUCAUUAACUUUUGAACCUCACCUUCAUAUCCUGCCUGCUGCAUUUGGCUCAACACAUCCUAACAGUUGGAAAUGUCAAGUUUUUAUUUUGGCUUCAAGUCUGUAUGGUAUUUACCUUUUCAGGUCAGGUUGGUGUUUACUUUUCCCUGAAUAAAUGAA